CCCUCUUCAAGGCACCCUGAGCGACCUCUCACCAUCGGCCAAGUCCCGGAGUCCUCAGCAUCUCCAUCACGGCUGAAGGGACCAUUUGGGAAAGCAGGACCCAGAGGUGGACGACAGUAUGAGGAUGCUAGUGCGGCUCGUGUUGGGACUCUUCAUCCUCAAAGCGGUGGUGGCCGGCCCCAGAUUUUCUCGACAGGUGAACUUGGACACAUACGACACUGACCACUACGAUGUGGAUCUAGACAACUCAAAUUUGGAGAACCAGGAUAUCUAUGACUAUGAAGAUGGGCUGACAAUCGAUGAUCCUCAGAUAGAGAUUGGAACACUGGCCCCACCUGACUAUAACUACCCUGUGCCCGGGGCCUCGUUGGAAGAGCAAGAAGAGGAGGAGGAGGAGGAUGAAGAUUUGCCUCUAACACCCCAGCUCAUCCCUCAGGGUUCAGGGGGAUCUGGGGUUCUCAUGGGCCCAGACACACAGAAAGAGGUGGAGUUGCGUCUGACGCCCAUUGACAUCCUUCAUGAGUCCGGGGAUUUUGGGGGCUCCGUAGAGUCCGGGGCCUCGGGAGCUUCUGGGGCUUCUGGGUCGGGAGAAUCCGGAGACCUACUGGUCUCCAGCGGCUCCGGGGGUUCUGGUGAUGUUAUCCUGAUCACCGGAGCCUCCGAGGAGCUCUUCAGCUCGGGGGGAUCCGGGGAAUUCUUGUUAUCUGGGGAUCUCUUGAUAUCUGGAGAUUUCUCAAUAUCUGGGGAUCUCUCUGGAUCCGGGGACCUUGGUUCUGGGAUAUCCAUUGAAUUCCCCCUGGGCUCCGGAGGGUCUGGGGACCAGUUUGGUUCUGGGUUCUCUGGAGAUCUCUUGAUCUCAGGGGCCUCCGGAGGGUCUGGGGACCAGUUUAGUUCUGGGUUCUCUGGAGAUCUCUUUGUCUCAGGGGCCUCCGGAAGCUCUGGGGUUUCUGGGGACUCUGUCGAGUCUGGUGACUCAGGGAUAACAUUGUUAUCUGGAGAGGAGGAGCUGCCCCUCAUCCCUGAGCCUACCCCUAGCGAGGCGUCAGGUGCUUCAGGGGAGUUCUCAGGAGCUUCAGGAACCUCAGGGGCCUCUGGGGAUCUUGGAGAGUCAGGAGACUUAGGGUUCUCUGGAUCCUCUGGGGAUUCUGGUGUCUCUGGCUCUGAGACCGAGGUCCCUGACACAGAGGUCCCUGAGGUAACUCUGGUACCUGACACUGAUAAAGAGGAGGGGCUGCUUCCAGUUACACCAGAAACCCCUCAGGAGGGUACUGGCGUUGUGGAAGAGUCAGUGAGCUCUGGGGAACCUGACGAACCCGAAGAGCCUGUGAUUGACAGGACAGGUAUGCCCACUUGCCUUCUGUGCACGUGCCUGGGCGGGUCGGUCUACUGUGAUGACAUGAAGCUGGACAGCGUUCCACCUCUUCCCAAAGACACCACUCACUUCUACGCCCGCUACAACAGAAUCACCAAGAUCAACAAGUCCGACUUCGCCUUCAUGAACAAGCUGAAGAGGAUCGACCUGACCGCCAACGAGAUAACGUCCAUCGAUGAGGGCGCAUUUUUGGGUCUGCCCGAGUUAAAUGAGCUGGUGAUUCGAGAAAACCACAUCUCCCAGCUGCCUGCUCUCCCAGAGACCAUGAGCCGGAUCGAUGCCAGCCAUAACAACAUUGGCAGCAAGGGCAUUCACAAUGAGGCGUUCAAAGAUAUGACGAGCCUGCUGUACCUGUACCUCACCGACAACCACAUUGAUUACAUCCCUGUGCCUCUGCCAGACAGCCUGCGCUCUCUACACCUACAGCGUAACAAUAUUCAAAUGAUGCACGGGGACACGUUCUGCAACCUGAAAGACUUCAACUACAUCAGGAACGCACUGGAGGACAUCCGUCUGGACGGCAACCCCAUCAACCUCAGCAGGACCCCGCAGGCUUACGUCUGCCUGCCCCGUAUACCCAUCGGGGAUCUAAUUUAACCAGACACACCGACUCCCACGAGUACCACACGCACACAUCCUUGUACAUAUUGACACACGCAGACCGUCUAUCACUCCUCAAACAAUCAAUAAGCUACAAUUACAAAGUGCCAUGCGUGCUGCUGACUUCUACUCGAUGGAUCAGUAAAGCUGUGUGGAAAUGUAUAAACAUCCACAAACACACAAGUUAAAGAGUCAGAUUCUGGUGAUACACUGCUCUAUUUCUUGUUGUUGUUGAUGCACACUAAAACCGCCACUCUGGUCUUCCUUCACCUAUCAAAACGCAUGCACACACAUACAAACACUAACACACACGACAACAACCUUCUCAAAAGCCAAACUGUUCCGCAACUUGAUUAAGAGAAAACAAUUGGUGGCAUUCGGAGAAAUCAGUUUAUUAUAUAAAUCCUCAAAUGCCAUGUAUGUGUCUGUUUGGUGUCUGUUCAUGUCUGGCAAUUUUUUUUUAAAUACAACCAGUAAUAUUGUUUCAAUGUACAAAAUAAAAGAUAUUAAUAUUAAUGAUAAAUCGUAACACUUUUGGAAAUGUAUACAAGCAUAAACUCAUGGAAGCUGGAGCUCAAUGGACGAUAAAUUGAUUAUCUAAUGCAAUAAAAGAAGCAUUUAAACACAGUAAUUUGUUGUAAAGUCUGCACUGUAAUAUAAAAAUAAAUAUUCUGAAAAAAAUAUUUUUUUUACAUGAACUGCAAUAUUUGGUAUACUACAUUUCAAAAAGUGAUGUUUUAACCGUGCACAGUAGCCGAAACCAAAGACUCUGAUGUCUAGAGUCCAUCAAAAAAAGACUUGUUUGAUUUAGGAGCGGGGUGGGGGGUGCUGUUGAUUUUGAUUGUGGAUGGCUUUAAGAAUAAUGAUAAUAUCUUGCUAUUGUGUGCUCUUGUAUGGAAUAACCACAAGUGAAUAAAAUUGUUAAGACCUCUCCAAA